AUGAAGAUCGGAGUCCUUGGUGCCACCGGCGAGACCGGCGCCUCCAUCGUCAAUGGCCUCCUUGAGCACCCUCACCCUUUUCUGCGCCAGGAAAUCACGGCCUUCACUCGGCCAUCCUCUCUCCAGAGCUCAGCCAACGAGGCCCUCCGCACCCGCGGUAUCAACGUCCAGCCCCUGGACCUAACGAGCGACCCCGCCGCCCUCGCGACGGCCCUCGCGGGCCUCGAAACGCUCGUCUCCGCCGUCAACUUUACCGGCCUCGCCUCGGAGCCCGCCCUCGCCACAGCCGCCAAGGCCGCCGGCAUCGCCCGUUUCGUCCCGUGCUUCUUCGCCCCGAUCGCCCCGCCCAAGGGCGUCCUCUCGCUGCGCGACAUCAAGGAGGACAACCUGAACCACAUCAAGAAGCUGCGCCUGCCCUACACCAUCCUCGACAUUGGCUGGUGGUACCAGCUGACGCUGCCGCUGCUCCCCUCGAAGCGCAACGCCUACGCCCACGUCGGCGGGCCGGACCUCAUCGUCGGCGACGGGGCCACGCGCUUCGCCCAGACCCACCUCGACGACGUCGGCCGCCUGCUCGCGCUCGCCGUCCUCGACCCGCGCACCCUCAACCGGUCCGUCUUUGGCUUUGGCGCGCUGACCUCGCAGACCGAGGUCUUUGACCUUCUCGAGCGGCUGAGCGGCGAGACGAUUGAGCGGGCGUAUAUUGACGCGCAGACCGUCACGACGACGUGCGAGGUGCUGUCGGUAGCUGACCUCGCCCUCGGCAGCCCCGAGUGGUUCAAGCGCGCACAGUUUGAGUACUGGAACAGCUGGGGCCUGCGGCGCGACAACACGCCCGAGAUGGCGGCGUAUCUCGGCUACCUCGACGCGCGCGAGCUGUACCCCGAUUUUGAGCCGCGCACCCUCGAGGAGUAUGCCAAGGAGGUGCUGGCGGGAGAGGCCAAGGGGGUCUAUGCUGAGAUGAAGGCUACAGUUGCUGCUGGUACCAACUCGUAG